CUGUGGAUGAGUGGAGUUAGUUUUCUUCGUCCAUAGACGAUCUUUGUACUCACCUGUCGCUAGGAUACUUUGCCCUCCUCUGCUGCUCACUGAGUCACGCCAUUGGCGGCUGAGUGAUGGGGGAAGUGCUGCUCCUCUGGAAGUUGGUUACCUUCUGCCAGUGAAAAAAAAGUCUCAAUCUGCGGCUCUAAAACAAGAUUCGUUGCUAGUCGCUGGUGGAAGAGAGUGAAGUUAGCUAGGUUAACUUUGUGUUUAGGAGUCGCCUCCUCGUUCACCGUGAUGGAUUUCGGCGAGGAGUCGUCGUCUCCCGCUCUGGCUUUUGAGAAAGACGCGUUUGAGCUCACGGUUGAAGAUGUUUAUGACAUCUCGUACGUGAUCGGACGGGAUUUGUUGAAGAUUAGCAACACGGGGGACGAAGUGUCGGACCUGCAGUUCAGGAUAGUCCGCGUUUUGGAAAUGUUUGAAACUCUGGUCAACAAGUACAACUUGUCUCUGGAGGAGAUGAAAAUGGAGCGGGACAACCUGAAGAGUGAACUGGACAGGAUCGUGAAGGAGAGCUCCUCCGGACAGAGCACGCAAACAGCGGGACCCAACCAGCUGGUGGUGGACCUGACAGACCCAAACAGGCCGCGGUUCACCAUGCAGGAGCUGAAGGAGGUUCUGCAGGAGAGGAACCAGCUGAAGGCUCAGCUCAUGGUGGCUCAGGAGGAGCUUCAGCUCUACAAGAGUGGGAUUCUGCCACAGGCUGAACCAGCCAUGGUGGAAGUAGAUCUGGAGACGCCAGCAGCGACGGAGCACAGUCCAUCGCCAGCAAAUAAUGCAAAAGAAGAGAAGACGAGCAUAGGAAAACUGUUUUCAUUCAGGCGAAAAUAAGAAAAAAAACCUUUCACAAGGAAACUGAUGAUGUAGAAGACAAACAGGAUUUGUCGGGACAAUUUUCUCAUCAGUCAACUCCUAUAUUGACUAUUUUUUACUAUGUGCAUUUCUCAAUCUAACAAGCACUGUAUUUUUAACUGGUUAUUGUAGCCUAAAAAUGUUGUAUAAUAAUCGAGUUUGGUUCAAAUGUAUAUUUUGCAUACAGGUUUGAUGAAGUUAUCAAAUUGAAACUGGAAAAGUAUUAUCUAGUUGCUGUUGGCAGUUACGGCGGAUGCAUUCACUUUUAAAUUAAGUUAUGGGUCUAUUUUUAGGCUUGAAAUUAAGUCUUCAUGUAAUUUAAAACACACCUCCCUCUAUCGUCAAAGACAGGGAGAAGGGCCACAUCACAAAAUUAUGAUGAAAUCAUAAUAAUUUUGUUAUUCAAGUCCUAAACCAGACUCAUAAUGCAUGACUUCUCUCAAGUUUUGCAUGGAUGUAGGGAGCACAGUAAAGAAGAUGGACAGAAUUGACUUUGAUUUAAUUUAGUCUAAUGCGUUCCAAAUCUAACUUAAUCAAAAACUAUACUACUACGUUGUUGCAAAGAAGUCUACAGUAGUCAACUCAGCCUGCUUGCACUUAGCUGAGGUAAUUUAAUAUUUGCCGUUCCACUACAUAAUGCAUGUUUUUAUAACUCUGGCACAAUAACAAUUAACAAUAUACUCUGUUAAUGAAAGUCAUUCACUGUGUGAAGUCACUUCAUUCCACAGCUGUUGGAUUGUUAAAAUGACAUCAAGUGCAAUCUGUGUGUCAUCUUAAAGCAACACAGUUCACAUUGUUUCCAGGCCUUCUUUACUGUUGAUAACACGACAGCUGGAAUGAGCUGAACUGUUUAUUCUUCAAUUUACAGCACAGGUAAUAAUUUACAAUUAGCAGAAAUGAAUAUUACAGUUAUAGUUAAUAGAAAAAGGAAACUAACUCUCCAGGGGGGAAAUCCUCUUCCAAUAUUAAAUCUGCUACAUAUAGAUAAGAAAAAAUAUAAAAGGUUAUAAAAGCUGUUGCAAAAAAAUACAUGUUUCACAAGCUGAAGCUUUAGCAUCCAUUUAAAACUAAUUUCUCUUCUUUUUUUCAUCCUAAUUAAAAAAUGUUGUGGACUGCUCAUCUACAGCAUCUUUUUACAAAAAAAAAAAAAACAGGACAUCAGAGAGCACCAAUUCAUCUCAAAUACAUAACACUUCAGUGUUUGAGCCAAGGGUGAGCCAUGAUGGAGGCUUUACUCCGGUCGCCGUAGUCAUACAGCAGCUCCUCCUCUGCCUCAAUGUCUUUGGAGGCCACCAGGAUCAAAUGUGGGGUUCCAUCGAUGGCGUGAAGCCGCGUCUGGCAGUUGCCGUUUUUACUGUGGUUAACAAGUCUUCCAAGCCGACUUGUUUCCUUUGUGGCAUCUACACUGUAAUUUAAUCAAUAAAUACAAAUUAAACUUAAAAAAACACAAGAUGGGCAGUUCAAGACCAAAAAAGCCUAGAAAGGAUUUUACAAGAGACUAACCAAGUCUAAAACCAAGAGGUUUUUUGGACUAUUUGUUUGAAAACAAAAAUGUUUCGUAGAAAAGGAAGACAACAUUGACAGUAUUUUGAUCAGGGUUGAAUGAUUAUUUUCAUACGUGAUUAUUUUCAGUUGAGCAAUUGUCAGACACGGUUGAAAAGUGUUGAUUGGUGUUUACAAAACCUGGAAAUUAUGUUUUCGAAUGUCUUAUUUUUGUCUACAAAUUAUUUAGUUUUAAUAACUUUUCUUUUACGAAGCAAAGACACCAGAAAAUAUUAACAUUUAAAGCCCAUAAACCCAUAAAUCGAUUCUCAAAAUAGUUGAUAAUUAAUUCUACAGUAAAAAACUACAGUAAAUUGAUAUUUUUUUUAAACCCCUUUUUAAAAUGCAAAUGUAGUAGUAUGGACUUUUGGCUCUGGAUUAUAAACAAUCUCCAUCCAUACUUAAUCCUGAAAUAGUAUAUCACAUUUGCUAGUGUAAACAGGAAGCUGAUUCUCUCCUCUGCAGUUUUUUUAGUUUCAGGAAGUAAUACGUGAGGGGGGGAAAAAACAAUUGCCAAAAUUCAGAGCAAGGAUUUCUGUUUUAAGACUGGCAUUGAGGUGAAAGUAAGUAAGUAAAAAGUAGAUAAAGGGUACCUACGUCAUCCAGACAAAAAAAAACAGCCUUGGAGCUGACAGCAUUUCUUUUCAGAAUGCAGAAUUUAUGCAUUUUUUAAAUUUGUUAUGGAUGUUGCCUCAGCCCAAUAAAUCCCAUCACAAUUAAUGAUUUCCAAACAUCACGGAUGAACAAAUGGAAUGUUUAAGAUAACGUGUCAAUCCAUGUGGUGAUUUUUUAACUUACCAGUAUGUUUUAGUUUGAUAUUGGAAGUAGUACAUGUAACAGCCUGUUAAGGGAUCCUCAGCAUACUGGGCCUCUCUUAAUUUAGCCUCUGCUAGUUCCAGUAGGUCUCCAUGGUACUCCACAACAAACUCUCCUUUUUUGAAGUCUUUGACAGCAAACACCCCUCUUCCUUUUCCUUCUAUGUGUUUCACCUGUUGACAGUCAAAAAUCACAUUUGUGUAAAGCUUCACAUGUGGGAAUUGUUUUGUUGUAUUUGUCAAAAAAAGGACAAGAAAUUGUCACAAAUACUUGUGUGUUCUCAACUUAAAAAAACAACAACAUUCAAAUCAUUAAAUGUCACCUGCAUUCCA